AUGGUCUGGGACCACGUCCUCGGCCAAGACCGGGGCACGGACAAGGUGUCCUCCUACCAGGCCCCCUCGCGCGAGCAAGAUUUGUCGGAUAUGCCCCCGACCUAUGUCGACGUGGGCGAGUGCGAGGCUUUCCGCGACCCUGCCGUCCUCUUUGCCAUGAACAUGUGGCGAUGUGGAUCGACAUGCGAACUGCACGUGUGGCCUGGAGCUUUCCAUAUGUUCGACGGCAUGGAGAACCCAGAGGUACCGCUGAUCCAGAGCGCCAUACUCGCCAAGAAGAGCUGGCUUGCGCGGAUGAUGGGUGGUGGGUGA